AUGUCUCCAAUUACCAACAAUCAGGCAGCAUGGAUUCCCACAGAGAAAGGCCAAGUAAAAGUAGGACCAGGACCAAUUCCUAGCCCUAGAGAUAACGAAGUAGUCAUCGAAGUAGCCUAUGCAGCUAUCAACCCAACUGACUGGAAGAUGCAAGACACCCCCUAUUUCAGCAUGCCCUAUCCCUGGAUCUUCGGCGCCGACGUCUCUGGCACUAUCAUCCAACUUGGAUCCGGCGUAAACCAUUUUCAGAUUGGACAACGGGUUAUUGGUCAAUGUGAUGGAAUUCUAUCACGAAUCGUCCAAAACACCGCGUUCCAACGUUAUGCUACUUGUAGUGAGAUUCUCGUUUCUGUGGUUCCGGAUGACAUCCCUUUGGCAAAUGCAGCGGUCCUUCCUCUUGCUACCUCCACGGCUGCUGCGGGACUUUUCAAAGUCUUAUUGGCGAAAGCAGCAGGUUACACUGUUAUUACUACUGCUAGUACCCAAAACCACGACUUCGUCAAAAAUAUUGGCGCAACCCAUGCUUUUGACCAUAAAUCACCCACUGUUAUACAAGACAUCCUGGCAAUUCUUCAAACUGACGAUGUCAUAUUCGACUGCAUCGCUCUAGCGAACACACAACAAGCUUGUGCCGAAAUUGCUCAUAACAUUGGUGCCAGAAAGUUUGCUACUGUGUUACCUCCUGCACCAAAUAAGUAUAAUGUUGAGCCUGUUAUGGUAAAUGGUCUAGAUGUGGGACUUGUAGAUCUCGACAUCGGGGAUGCAGUAUGUCGGAAAUACGUACCGGAGGCAUUGGCCAAGGGAAAGUACUUGGCCAAGCCAGAGCCGGAAGUUCUCGAGGGCGGAUUGGGCAGAGUGCAGGAUGGGAUUAAUCUUCUUAGAAAUGGUGUGUCGGCAAAGAAAGUUGUCAUAGAGAUUACAAGGCAGACAUGA